GCGGAGGUAUCAAAACAGCGCGAGACUUGGUGCGAGCCGUGCGAGGUUAUCUCGAUGGUUUACAAUGCCAAAAACGCAAAGUUAUCGGUGGAAAGGCAAACUAGUUACAAAAGCAGUUUAUGAAAAAAGACUCGCUCAACGAAAAGCUGGACAAAUGCGAAGAAAAGUUUCGAGUAAACCUGAGGAAGGUGAUCCCGUAACCAACGAAACUGUGGACGAUAUGGAACAGCAAACAAAUGUCAUCGAUGGACGACGCAUUGUCGAUUUGAACGUUCUGGGACAGCAGUUGUGGUGUUGUUCUUGUGGCGAGGUCCUUUCUUUACAGAACAUACAGAGUGAGGGGCGAAGAGGCUUGGCUUCUCUAUUUCUAGUGCUGUGUCACAAGUGCCAAGUCGUGAAUGAAGUUUGCACAAACACCCAACGACGUACCGUCGACAAACGUAGAGUUCACUUCGACAUUAAUUCGCAAGCAGCAUUAGGUAUCUUACAUUCUGGUUUAGGAUGGACACGCUUCAAAAAAUUACUAACAUGUAUGAACAUUCCGUAUCCAGAUUUUAAAACAUUUAAAAAAUAUGAGCAAGAAGUGAGGUUUGCUGCGGAGGAAGUGGCGGAGGAAAGUUGCGUAGAAGCCAAUGCGCUGGAAAUACAACUCAACGAAGAAGCUGAGAGCGCUAAAAAAUUAUUGUAAAUAACUACUCUAGUAUAGAGUCCCUUUAUAAAGGGACUCUAGUCUAGUCUAACAUUUUUUUAUAUUCAUGUUUUUUAAUUUCAAUUAUAAAUAUGAGUUAUUCAAUUUGUGUUUGUUCUUUGAAAACAAUGAAGUAAUUCGUUUUUUAAUUUCUCAAUGGUUAUCUACAAAUCACAAUUAUUUUGUUUAACGUCCUUCUCUUUAUCUGUUAAUCUUUAUCUUUGAAUUAGAAUAUAUUUAUCAAUCUAAGCUAUUCGAAUCCUAAUUUUCACAUCGAACAAACACUGUGCUUAUGUAUACUGUGAUUCUAAGUGAAUAUGUAUUGAUAAAAUGACGCUUAUGAAAAUUGAGAAAAAUUAUAUGAAAAUAAAUCUAUGUGUAUGUUA